AAAUAAAAAAGUUAAAAAAAAAGAAAAAAGAAGAAGGAGAAGAAGGAAAUAAAGAUAUUCAUAGGUAGAGAGAAACUCUGCUGCACCUUUUUCCACAUUUCGCUUUGCACCUUUUUUUCCCCUUUUUCUCAGCUUGGAAGUUUGCUGUUAUGUGGUUAGUGGUGUGAAGGAGAGAUUUGGAAUAUUGGAGGAUUUUUUAAGUUGAGUUUAGAGAUCAAUGGGUAGUAAGAGAUCUGGUAUAGAGUGGAAGAAUUUGAAGAUCUUUGUUGUGUUUUUGCUGAUCUGCGCCGCCGGGGUUUCUUUAGGACUCACCAAUCCUAGUGAUGUUGCUGCAAUUAAUAGCUUCUAUACUGCAUUGGGCUCUCCCUUACUUCCUGGUUGGGUUGCUUCUGGCGGAGACCCAUGUGCUGAAGCAUGGCAAGGCGUACAAUGUAACGGUUCAGACAUAAUGACCAUAGUUCUUAAUGGUGCUAAUUUGGGUGGACAACUGGGUGACAAUUUAGGAAUGUUUGCUUCUAUCAAGGCAAUAGAUCUAAGCAACAACCAGAUUGGGGGCAAUAUUCCAUCCAAUUUGCCUGUUUCUAUGCAAAACUUUUUUCUUUCCGCCAAUCAGUUCAGUGGAAGCAUCCCGGAUUCACUAUCUUCUUUGACUCUGUUGACAGACAUGUCGCUGAACAACAAUCUUUUGAGUGGAGAGAUACCAGAUGUCUUUCAGGCCCUUUCUGGCUUGAUCAAUCUGGAUUUGUCUAAUAACAAUUUGAGCGAGCGACUGCCUCCAUCUAUGGAAAAUUUGUCUCGUCUGACCACUCUACGUCUGCAGGUCAAUCAGCUGUCAGGAACGCUAGAUGUUUUACAAGAUCUUCCCCUCAGAGAUUUGAACAUAGAAAAUAACCUUUUCUCUGGACCCAUACCUGAGAAAAUGCUGAGCAUCCCAAGCUUCAGAAAAGAUGGAAACCCAUUUAAUUCCAGUAUUGCUCCAUUGCCUGCUCCCACAUCACCAUUAGCACCACCACAUGCACCACCUCAUUCUGAAGCACCAACUUCUGAUCAAGCACCAACAACUGAUCAAUCACCUGGGAAGCAUGCCGAUGGGCCUUCUGCGUCAGAAGGAUCUAGUUCUGGAGAGAAGAAGAAAUUCUUAACUUCUAAAAGGGUGGUCUGGAUAUCAAUUGCAGGUGUUUUGUUGUUUAUAAUAUUGGCUUUAGGACUUCUGCUUUUUAUACCAAAGUGUAGCAGAGGAAGGGAACAGGCUGGCAGAAUUUUUAAACGGCAUCAAGUAGGUGCAUAUAGAGGCAACAGAGAGAACCUUGGUGAGGAUGGUCCCUUACGUACCACAACCAGUCAAACAGAGAAAGGCCCAAAAGAGGCAGUUACAAGACCAGUGGGAUUUAAUCAAACAGACAGGGGAAGAAUGGGGGCGAUUGCAAAGCCGCAGAAUGAGAAAGAGAGAAAUGCAGAAAGGAUGGGCACAAUGCAGAAGCGAUUUGACCAUGAGAUAGACAUGAGUAGCAUUGAUAUGAUGUUGAUGGUUCCCCCACCACCACCACCACCACCACCCCCACCUCCUCCCCCUCCCCCUCCCCCACCCCCUCCACCCCCUCCUCCACUUUCUGAGAAGGUCAUUGUGAAACCAAUUGUGCCUGAUGAAGUAACUACUGCAAGGCCUUCUGCCAGAACUUCGAAACCAUCUACAUUUGCAAAGUCUUUUACCAUUGCAGUCCUUCAACAAUAUACAAACAGCUUUGCUCAAGAAAAUCUUAUAGGGGGUGGGAUGCUAGGGAAUGUCUAUAGGGCAGAACUUCCUGAUGGGAAGCUACUUGCAGUCAAGAAACUGGACAAGCGAGUUGCAAGUCAGCAGAAGGAUGAUGAAUUUAUUGAGCUGGUAGAAAAUAUUGAUCGUAUCCAGCAUGUGAAUAUUGUCAGGCUGAUGGGUUACUGUGCAGCGCAUGGUCAAAAGCUUUUGAUCUAUGAGUACUGCAGCAAUGGGUCAGUGCAGGAUGCCCUGCACUCAGAUGAUGAAUUUAGAAAGAAGCUUUCAUGGAAUGCCCGUAUUCGGAUGGCAUUUGGAGCUGCUAGAGCCUUAGAGUAUCUGCAUGAGGCCUGCCAGCCACCUGUUGUACACAGAAACUUCAAGUCUGCCAAUGUUCUCCUUGAUGAUGAUCUUGAUGUGCGUGUCUCUGAUUGUGGUUUGGCGCCAUUAAUAGCAUCAGGUUCUGUAAGUCAGUUGUCAGGACAACUACAAUCAAUUUAUGGUUAUGGAGCUCCAGAAUUUGAGUCUGGAAUUUAUACUUCCCAGAGUGAUGUUUACAGCUUUGGAGUAUUUAUGUUGGAACUAUUAACUGGCAGGAAAUCUUAUGACAGGACAAGGAGUAGAGGCGAGCAAUUACUAGUAAGAUGGGCAGUCCCUCAGCUCCAUGAUAUUGAAGCAUUGUCUAGGAUGGUUGAUCCUUCUCUCAGUGGAGAAUAUCCUGCUAAAUCAUUGUCACGCUUUGUUGAUAUCAUUUCUCGGUGUGUUCAGUCUGAACCAGAAUUCAGGCCGCCAAUGUCUGAAGUUGUUCAAGAUCUAUUGGACAUUGUACGGAGGGAGCAUCCCAGUAAUGAAUCAAAUGGAGACUGACUUACAGUAGGCAAUAAACCUGGUGAUAUGAUCAGUUAAUGGAUGAAAGUCACAGAGAUUUGAUCCGUCUGAAGUUGGUCUGAGAAAAUACAUCCAUUGUAAAGAGGCUGCAAGCAAAUUCUCCCACUAACACACAAGUUGCAUCCCAAGCUCUUAUGCGAGAGGAGAUUUGAAGGACAUCAACUAGGAACCUUAUUGCUGUGACAAUGAACAGUCUGAAUUUUCAGGUCUGUUACUUUGUAAUCAUUCCAUUAUCGUUCAUUAAAUCAUGUAACAAUGUCUUUGCUAUGGCAUAAAUAUGCUAAUCAUUUGUUUCCUAAUAUUAUUAUUGUUAUCAAUUAUUCAUAAUGAUUUUGUUUCCACAACCUGA